UCGGGACUUGCCACGACUGACAGUCGGCCGGGUGGCGACGGGCGAUAAAAUGGGUGCCAGAGAGACCUUCUCCCGACACUGGUUCAUAUAUACCAUGUGCGCUGUCAUAGUUCUGGCAUUUAUUGCACCCGGAGUGGGCUCGAAGGGAGGAUUAAUAUACCCCGAGAUAACUGUGAAAUGUGGAGCUGUGUCAAUCAUCUUCUUCCUUAGUGGUCUGUCGCUGCAGGCAAGUGACGUCCAUGCUGCCAUGUCUCAAACUUGGUUACAUGUCUUUGUACAAGGAACAACAUUUUUAAUAUAUCCACUUCUAAUGAAAAUGGUGUGUCUUGUACUGCAUGGUCUUGGGAAUAUAAAUAAGUCUCUUUUAGAAGGUCUUCAGGUUGUGAGCUGCAUGCCACCCCCUGUUUCAUCUGCUGUUAUCCUUACACGAACGUGUAGAGGAAAUGUGGCGGCAGCCAUCUUUAAUUCUGUCGUGGGAAGUUUUCUGGGGUUGUUUUUAACACCUUUAUCUUUAAGGCUAUGGCUUGGUGUCUCGGCAUCCAUCCCAAUCAUUGAUACAAUCUUGUAUCUUAUGCUCACUGUGCUAAUGCCUCUGUGUGCUGGUCACUUGUACCAGAGAAGAGGUAUUCACCCGGUCAUCAUGUCUCGGGGAUCUUCUUUAGGAACAUUGGGGCAAUGGAUGCUGCUUCUCAUCAUUUACUCAACUUUUUGUGAUAUGUUUAGAUCAUCCAGAUUAGAAGAACUGCUUCCAAGAAUGGCCUCCACAGUCUUAAUAGUGGUUUGUAUGCAGUGUGCUCUCUUGUAUGGCACCUGGUGGGUGUCACACCGAUGGCUGGUGGGUUGGUUCUCCCGAGGCGACACCUUGGCCAUCAUGUUCUGCUCCACUCACAAGUCACUCACACUAGGUCUUCCUAUACUUCGUAUAUUAGUGUCUGAGGUGACUGCGCUGGGGGAAUUAGCUCUUCCACUCUUAGUUUAUCACCCGCUGCAGAUGGUGCUGGGGGGGACCCUCACACCUUACCUAAUUGCCUGGGCUCGGCAUGCACCUGAAAGAGUUUUCGCUUCAGAAGUUUAAUGAAAGGCAUUUAAUGAGUCUUGGCAGCAGAAAAUUAAAUACCCUUAGUCCCAACUACAGUACGAAGAAAAUUAAAUAAAAGCCAAAAUAGAAAGGCAGUAUUUGGAAAUAUUGAUAUACAGUAUUAUAUUGAUAUGCAGUACAGAGUAUAUGCUAACACUAUUGAAGGAAAUAUUAUAUAAUAUGUUUUCUGAGCCACACGUUUAGUUGCUUUCUAUGGUAAGCUCUGCUUUAUUGAACAGGUUCAUGCAUACUUAGACAGGAGGACAGUCUGCACCCACUUCACAUGGAACUCAAGUAGUUCCUGCAAGGUGUAUGGAAUCACUAGCAAAUAGCAAAUGUGCAGUCCAUCCCAGAAUGACUGAUGGAGGUUUGUUCAUAAAAAAGUCAAAUCCUUUUUGGUAUUGCAGGUGACUGUCAAAGGAAGGCUCUCACUAACGACUACUUUUCCUGCCUGGCAACCUGUGUUAACUGCCAGCAAGUGGCAGAGCCACAACAUAUCUCUAGCCUCCCUAACACAAGCCACCCUAUAUUUUUCUGGUAUCAUGCGUCGGUCUUGCAUGCAGGGAUUUUCAGUGAAUAUUGACCUUAUUUCACUGUUCAUUGAAUACUGAACAUCCAUUAGUUCUGAAACUGAUGGAUGCCCACUACUACUGAAUACUGUACUCUAGGCUCAUUUUAUGUUUGGUGCAUUCUCAAGUCGAUUGUCUUGAGAAUGGUCCAGGACGGACCGAAACGUUGUCGUCCCUUCACCUUCUAGUGUGUGGUCUGGUCAACAUAGGACUCUUGCUCGAGGUUAAGGUAGGUUUGGAGUGGCAAGUUCUUUGCUGGAGUGCAGCUGUUUAUCCUGCUGUCCUGAAUCUUUUUAGAAGCGGGUAGACACUGACAGUUUCUGAGUAAAUCGUGCAUUGGAUAGCAAUUUAAGCUUGCAAUAAGGGACAGUAAUUAAUUCUGUUAUAAGGAUCGGUUAUCUAUUUAUUGGUGAGAAGUCUUGAGAUGAUAUGAGAUCAUGUGGAGACAUGCCCAGUGAUAUCUCAUGGAUAUCUCAUGGGGUUUCUGCAUUACGCAUUUGUAUUGGGAGAUAUUGGUUACAAAUGUUUUCAAGAUCAAAAGGUGCCAGAUAAUUAAGCUUUUGUUGUGUAGUACAGUACAAGCACAGUGUGUUUAUUUUCUGCAUCACUGAUCCUUAAGGUGGAACCACCAUAAAUAAUAAGAAUUUGUGUAGGUAUUGAUAGCCAUAUUUGAGCAAAAUCUAAAAAUGUACAGUAAUUCAAAAUGAGCUUGUUUUUGUAAAGAAUAAUAUUUCAGGACCAAUUAAUUUUGAUCAAAAUUGGAUCGAAGUUAUAAAUGAAUCUUAGGUUAGAACUACAUUCUCAGGAGCUCUCUACAAUAUAAUGCAGUCAAUGUAAAUGUUUUAAAUACAUGGUUUUAUGCAUACUUUCAUAGAUUUUUAAAUUUAAUAACUUGUUAUGAGUUGCAUUUAAAGGUGUGCAUUAAUUUUUUUUAACGGUAUUCUCAUUGCUUUGUUUAUAUUAUGAACAUAUAAUGUAAGUAUGAUACACCUUUAAAUGCAAUUCCUUCCCUGUAUGUCUCGGUUGCAACUGCAUAAGGGUCAAGGACUGGCUAAAAUAUCGUCACGUGAAAAAAAAAGGUAUGUGUGUGUGGGUGGGUUGGGUUAUUUAUAUAUUUAGUAUGAACAGGCUUUUAAUAGAUGUAUCACAAUCAUUUGUAUUUAUGUAUUUGUCUCAUUUUUGAGGAUAUUUUUUCUUAUACAGUAAUAUUAUUGUCUUUGUACAAAGUGAUCUUCAUUGCAAUGAAUUUUAGCAAAGCCUUGUCGUUAAGACUUAUUCAGAGUGAAGAGGUUCUCUUUGGUAUGCAGCAGUAACAUGGUAGCAACAGAAAGGAAAUACAGUACUGUAGUUCUGGUGAGGAAUGAGGUCCUCUGUACCGAGAUGGUAAGGCGAUCCCAAAAAGCUACAAAACGAAAUGAAAUAUAAUGAAACAAAUUUCUUCUUGAGAGAAUGCUAGUUGAUAAAUAAAUUUUAAAUGUACCCUUACUGAAAAGCUGAUGUUGAGUAGGUUAUUAGAAUUACCAGGAUGAAUGGGUACAUUUAAUGUUGUUAGAACUCAAGUGUAUACAUGAAGUAUUUGACAAAUGGUAUAUUUUCAUAACUAAUAUUAAUAAAUUUACAUCUUUAUUUUUUUAAUUAAAUGGCAUAUAAAUGUAUGUAACACACAUUUACGAGUAGUAACAUUUUUUCAAAUACUGUACUGUAUUUCAAAUGGGUAAUGCUUAAAAUCAUUGUUGGGGACACUAAUCAUGCACCCUUACUUAUCAGUUUGUAUUUGUAUCUCACUUUGUAUAAUAGAAUUUAUCUAUAAGUAACUUGAUCUGGGAUAUGGCAAAAUCCACUAGAGGUCUUUGAGGCACCAAGCUGGUAAGGUAGCCAAUCCAAGAUUUGACACAUUAUCUACAUACACUCUGGUGUAGGUGAUGAAGGUUUCCUUCAAAUGCAGUAGGAAAUAACAUGCGUACAAAUACAGUACAGUAUAUGUGAAUACUGUGUUGUACUCAUCAGACAUAGCAUGACAGUACAGUACUGUACUCGUAAGUGUGACACUUCCUCAGCAAUUAUAUAUGCUGUAAAUUUACUCUAAUACAGUAUAUCAGCUCUUCAAUACAACCUCUACUCUCAAAAUCUGGUUACUUUGCAUAUGACAAUAUGUUACAUAUCUACCUCUGUACAGUACCUAGUCUGUUUCUAUAUGCAUUUGGUAAGUAGUGGUAUUUGCUAUCAUUUCCAUGUCAUAUCUGCCAUAAAUGUAAUCUGUGCAGCAUUUACAUUCUUACCUUCUGAUCCUAUUUGUUUCACUUUUUUUUAUUUUUUUGCAGGGACAGCUAUUGCAAUCCCCUUUCUCUAUUGUACUACAUUAUAUAUUCUGUGUUUUCUUCACAGAUAUUUAUCUCCUUUUGUUCUUUGUUACCUGAUACAGUGAUAUUGUACACUGAAAUCUUUUGUUAUUCUCCCUCAUCCAUUUUCUUCACAAGAAUUAUAUCAGCAAUGUUUUGUGGAUGAAAUUUGAUGUAAUCAAAAAGUGCCUUCAGAUGCAAGCUGCAGAAGUUCAACAUGUUGCUUCUUGCAUGUAUCUGAUUAUAUUCUAUGCAUAAUUGUGACCUGGUAAAUUGUGAUCUUUGGUGCAGUCAUGCACCUUUCACUAUUCAUUGAGCCCAUGUAGCAGUAUGCAUGUCCCAAUAGUGUUGAUCAUUCAUGGCACAUGUAUUAAUUUAUGCCCCCCUUGUAUCAUUGAUCACUUGUAGCACUGGUUAUUCAUGUCUCUGGUAGCAUUGGUUAUUUAUAUCCCAUCAAGCAUUUUUUUUUGUAGUAAUGUUAUUUAAUCUCAACAGACGUGUAUCUGUUACCACCUAACUUCUUGCUGUCUGUAUUUCUGACACAUCAUUCCCUGUUUCUGUCUAAUAUAUUUAUCAAUGUCAUUAUCUAAAGGUAAUGGAAAAAGAUAAGCCUUCAAGCAAUACUAAGUAAAAGGGCCUUCCAUUAAAGGUUCACAAACCCUUCUCUUCUGUUACCAAACACUUCUCCUUGCCAUAGUACCACUUGCCAGAAGGCUGCAUCCCAGGAUACCUUACGAUUACCUUUGAUGAUUUCGGGGCAUAGUGUCCCUGCGGUCUGGUCCUCGACCAGGCCUCCUAGUUGCUGGACUGGUCAACCAGGCUGCUGGAAGUGGCUGCCCGCAGCUUGACGUGGGAAUCACUGCCUGGUUGAUCAAGUAUCCUCCUCAUAUAGGAUGCAGUUUCCCAGGAUACAGCUUCCUAGGAUACAGUUUCGUAAGGUGCAAUAUAUCACUGUCUUUCCACUGGGUAGCUUUCCAGAGUGCUGCCUCCCAGGAUGUAGCUUCAUUGGGUGCAGCUUCCUAGAGUGUGGCCUCAUAGUGAGUUGCUUCCUAAGGUGUAGCAUCCUAGGAAGUAGCUUCUAAGGGUGUAGCUUCCUAAAGAGUAGCUUCCCAGGGUGCUACUGCUCUGGGUACUGUUUUCCAAUAUAGUAUAAUAAUAAUAAUAAAUGUUUAUUCAGGUAAGGUACAUACAUACAAGAGAUUUUACAAAAAUGGAUAGAUUUAUAGAUAGAGCUAGUACAUACAAUGCCUAAAACCACUAUUACGCAAAGCGUUUCGGGCAGGAGAAACGUGGAAGUAGCUUCUAAGCUACUUUCCAGGGAACUAAUUCCCUUUCUCUCACCUUAGCUCUUUGUAUUUCUCUCUUGUUUCCAAUUCUCCAUUCCAUUGUUCAGCAUUUUAACAGUGUUGUUAUCUUUAGGUAAUCAAAAUGUUAAUUUAUGAAUAUACUCGGAGGAAUGCAAUGUUAAAUGAUAUAACUGGUACAAAAUAAUAAUUUAUUCUGCCUCAUGAAGUAUGAUGCAGCCAUGUUAAAAAUACAUUGUCUGCUUCAGUUUCUAUUCCAUUUUAUUCAUGAGUAUCAUGAGUAUUCAAAGCUUUUUUGUUGGACAGUAUAAACUAUUAAGAUACAGUACAUGGAGCUGUGAUUUUUUAAAAUAAAAUUGUCUUGUAUUUUUAUGAAAUUAAAAAGUUUAAAUUUUG